AUCUGUCCAUUUCAAAUGGAUCCAGACUUGCAGGAGGCUUUCAAUGAUGUUCAGAAUUCCUUCUACAGAACAGCCCUGAAACUACGCGCAGUACAAAGUCUGUGCCAGUUGGAUUUGAUUGAUGUUUCUCUGAUUCAGCACAUCUUGUCAAGUGAACAGAGCCAGAGGGAAAAGCAGAUUUCUCUGAAAGUGCAGCAGCUCUUUGGAAUGCUGAAGGAACUGCUCCAAAGGGCAAGAUUAGAAAAACCAGGCCAGGUAGAUCCAAGAGCUGCCAAAUUCACAUUGAGCCUACUAAAAGCCAUGUAUGACAGAUCUGGAACGGGUUAUAUCAAAACUAGAUCUGUUGCAGCUGCCUGAAUUGCUCUUUCAGGAGACACUCUGCUUGCUAAAUACAGAGCUUUCUUUGAGUUUUAUGCUGUUCCUGACGGGAAGAAGUCCUUGAUUACCCGUAGUGCCCUAAGAAGCCUGCUAACAGACUUAAAUCAGAUCCCAGCCAUUGUGGGAGAAAGCUGCACUCUGUCUUGUGUGGAAAUUGCUGCUCACAGCUGUUUCCAAGGGGUUCUGAAUUCAGCAAUUGUUGAAGAAAAAUUCUUGUCUUGGCUGAGAUCGGAGCCUGCUCUUCUGCUGUGGCUCCCUACAUGUUACAGAUUAUCAGCUUCAGAAAUAGUUUCUCACCAGGUUAGAUGCAGAGUCUGCAAGAAUUUCCCCAUUACAGGCCUCAGGUAUCGCUGUUUGAAGCGCCUGAAUUUUGACCUUUGCCAAGUCUGCUUUUUCACUGUCUGUCUCCACAAACCACAUAAGAGGUCACAUCCUGUUGUGGAACACUGUGUGCAGAUGUCAGCAAAGGCGAGUGCAAAGCACUUUCUCCGCACUGUCAGGAACAACCUGUUUCAAGACCGUUGCAGAAGAAAGGAGGCUCAGAGAAGGAGGGCUCUGGAGAUAACAGAGGAGAGGCAGUUCCCUACUCACAAAAAGAUUGUUCCCCUUGCAGAACUCACUACUUCACCAUUCCCUGAAAACCUGUCUCUCACAGUGGACAGACCUGUCUUGGAGUCACCCACGUUCGUAUCUGAAAACAGAACUGUAACACACAAGAGUAAGAAUAACAGUGAGAUGCCAGAACAAGACAAGACAAAAAUUCAGGCAAUAGCCUCUUUUGAAGCAGAUAUGUUAAAAAUGCAUGAUUCCAUCAAAAGUAUUCAAAGUGAAAGCAGGUACAUGAAGAAGCAAUUCAAUAAAUGGAAGGACAAAGUGCAAUUUCUUCACAGCUGCCAGAAAGACAAAAGCUGCAAAAUAGAGACAACACUCCAAAGCUUGAGAGCAAGCCAUGAAAACUUGCAAAUGGAGCUGCAGCAAAUAAAGCAAGAUAUAAAGACAAUGUUACAGUCAACCACACAUCCUUCUUUUUCACUGUGUCAGAAUGUGAUGCCAAGAAAUCAGCAUGUCCUUCUGGAAAGGAAAGUGCAGGGUGGAUUAAAUCUUGCCCAAAUAAAGCCCAUUUCUAGAACAUGUGCAGACUGGAAAGCUUUGAAUCACCCCAACUCUGAAAAUAAAAUGCAGCUUUUAGAGACACCUGAGGUUCCUGCUACAAUGAACUUUAUAUUCUCAGAAGACCCAGUGAAGUCAGUGAGCCCGCAGAGUGACGGACUUUUUAUUGGACAGCGUUAAAAAGAAAAAGAGAAUCAAACUUAUCUGCCUGAAUUGAUGGAAAACUCCUGCAGUGGCAUUGUGGGGAAUACAGCUGUUAUUCCCAGUGCAAUACAGAUACCACCUGAUGAGAAGGAAGUCAGUGAGGAAGUGGAACUGCAGCAGCUAGUGAUGAAAUUGAAGGAUGCAUUGUCUCUUCAAGCCCAACCAGCUCAACAGUCAGCUUUGAAGCAGGAUUUCUUCUCUGCAGCAGAACGUGUUUGCAGAUCCUUCUCUGACCUCAUCAACCAAAUAACUGCCAGCUUGGAAGUGAUGGAAACUGCCAUUCACCUUACAGCUCCUCUGAACUAUUGA